AUGCGACCUCAAGCUUGGAUACAGCCAGCGCUGUUAGCAAUCUCUUUGCUGUCUCAAAGUACCAAUGCGUUGUUCAACUACGAAGCAGAAGACCAGGCCGUUCUGACGCCAAAUAAUGACGCUGUGUCAAGCAAGCCAAGGACAAGCAUUGGUGGGAGGAAGAACAUUGUCUUCAUUCUCACAGACGACCAAGACGCUGCCCUAGACUCCGUCUCUCAUAUGCCCAAACUCAAAGAGCAUAUUAUUGACAAGGGCACAUCGUUUGUCAACCAUUUCACCACCACAGCCAUCUGCUGUCCAUCUCGUGUUGCACUUUGGACAGGUAAACAGCCCCAUAACACAAAUGUAACAGACGUCAAUCCACCAUAUGGCGGCUUCCCUAAGUUCGUCUCACAAGGACUGAACGAUAACUACUUACCUGUAUGGCUGAAAGAAGCUGGUUACAACACAUAUUACACUGGCAAGCUCUUCAAUGCUCAUACCAUAAACAACUAUAACUCGCCUUAUCCCGCAGGAUGGACAGGAACCAACUUCCUCCUUGACCCAGGUACUUACGACUACCUGAAUCCCAUCUACCAGCACAACCAGGAGCCGCCAGUUCAACAUAAAGGAGUUCACACUUCAGACUUGAUCUCUAAGUAUGCAUAUGAGCUUCUCAAGGAAGCCAUCGAUGCCGAGAACCCAUUCUUCGUUGCUAUUGCGCCUGUUGCGCCGCACUCAAAUGUCAACCUGAGACGGCAACCUGGAAACCCGAGUGCACCUCUUAUGACCAUUCCUAUUCCUCUUGAGAGACACUCUCAUCUCUUUGAGGAGGUUAAGGUCCCAAGGACGGAAAACUUCAACCCGGACUCGCCUAGUGGCGUGAGCUGGAUUCACAAACUCGCCCAGCUCAACGACUCAUCAGUCUCGUAUCUUGAUGACUUCUACCGAGCUCGUCUCCAGGCUCUUCAGGGUGUCGACGAGAUUGUAGAGCAAGUGACUAAGCAGCUUGAAGAUGCUGGCAUACUUGACGAGACAUAUAUCAUCUACAGUUCUGACAAUGGGUACCACCUGGGCCAGCACCGACUGCCUCCUGGCAAGGAGUGUGGCUUCGACGAAGACAUCCGCGUACCACUCUUCAUCAGAGGUCCAGGUGUAUCUCACGGGUCUGUUGAGAACGCCGUGACCACACACAUCGACCUCGCUCCUACGAUUCUCAGACUCGCAGGCGCGGACCUUCGCAGCGACUUUGACGGAACCCCUAUUCCUGUGUUGCCCACUCAGGAGAAUAAGCGACAUGAGCACGUAGCGGUUGAGUACUGGGGCGGUGCCAUCGCUGAGGGUGAAAUUGGCGGCUUUGAUGGUAAAGGCCAGAUCUUUGCACAGAAUAAUACAUACAAGGGUGUGAGGAUAGUGCAUGAGGACUACAAUCUUUACUACUCGGCUUGGUGUAACAAUGAGCACGAACUCUACGACCUCAAGACGGACCCAGGACAGUUGAACAACCUCUUUCCUAAUGAUGAUGCGAAGGCCAGCGCUGCACUCUUGGGAACCACUAUUGGACAGGUCCUGAAUCGCCUUGAUGCUCUCAUGCUCGUAUUGAAGUCUUGCAAAGGCAACACGUGCAUUGAACCAUGGAAGAUCCUGCAUCCGGAGGGUGGCGUGACGAGCUUAAAGGAUGCUCUUCAGGCCAAAUUCAACGCCUUUUAUAAGGAGCAAGUGAAAGUCCGAUUCGAUCGUUGUGAAUAUGGAUACUUGAUUGAUGCUGAGGGACCUCAAGUUGGGUAUGAGUAUCGUGAGGGCCUGGAGUGGCAUCAUUGGACCUGA